AGAGAGGACAGAGGGAGGGAGGGUGGGGGAGGACAAGGGGCGCGUGGUUUUCCCAUCUCAUCCCUGGAGGAGGGGCUGGAGCAUCCCGGGCAGCCAAUCAGGGACAGGCGGGGGGGGCGCUUUGAAGAAGUUUGGGGAAAAAAGUUUGGAAAAGUUUCUAUAAUAACGAGGGGGCGUCCGGAGGGAGGAGGCAGCGGCGGAGGAGGGGGCGUCUCAGAGGAGGGGAGGGAGGGAGCCACGGGUGAAGAUACGGCAGCCUCCUGAGCUCCCCCCCUCCCACCCAGACCGGGACCUGGGGGCUCUGGCCGGCUCCAUGGGGGCCGCAAGCUGCGAGGAUGAGGAGCUGGAAUUUAAGCUGGUGUUCGGGGAGGAAAAGGAGACCCCUCCGCUGGGCGCGGGGGGGUCGGGGGAAGAACUGGACUCAGAGGACGCCCCGCCAUGCUGCCGUCUGGCCCUGGGGGAGCCCCCUCCCUAUGGCGCUGCCCCUAUUGGCAUUCCCCGGCCUCCACCCCCUCGGCCUGGCAUGCAUUCGCCACCACCCCGCCCGGCCCCCUCACCUGGCACUUGGGAGAGCCAGCCCGCCCGGUCAGUGAGGCUGGGGGGCCCGGGAGGGGCUUCCAGGGGGGCUGGGGGAGGCCGUGUUCUUGAAUGCCCCAGCAUCCGCAUCACCUCCAUCUCUCCCCCGCCUGACCCGCCGGUUGCGCUGGAGGACAACCCCGAUACCUGGGGGGACGGCUCCCCCAGGGAUUACCCGCCGCCAGAAGGUUUUGGGGGCUACCGAGAGACAGGCGGCCAGGGCGGGGGCCCCUUCUUCAGCCCCAGCCCCGGCAGCAGCAGCCUGUCCUCGUGGAGCUUCUUCUCCGACGCUUCAGACGAGGCAGCCCUGUACGCAGCCUGUGACGAGGUGGAGUCCGAGCUCAACGAGGCAGCCUCGCGGUUUGGCCUGGGCUCCCCCUUGCCCUCGCCCCGGGCCUCCCCUAGGCCGUGGACCCCCGACGAUCCCUGGAACCUGUAUGGUCCGAGCCCCGGAGGAGGCCGGGGGCCGGAGGAUAGCUGGCUACUCCUCAGCGCUCCUGGGCCCACCCCAGCCUCCCCACGGCCCGCCUCUCCAUGUGGCAAGCGGCGCUAUUCCAGCUCGGGAACCCCGUCUUCGGCCUCCCCAGCUCUGUCCCGCCGUGGCAGCCUAGGGGAGGAGGGGCCCGAGCCACCGCCACCACCCCCAUUGCCUCUGGCCCGGGACCCUGGCUCCCCCGGCCCUUUCGACUACGUGGGAGCCCCACCGGCGGAGAGCAUCCCGCAGAAGACCCGGCGGACUUCCAGCGAGCAGGCCGUGGCCCUGCCUCGGUCUGAGGAGCCUGCCCCGUGCAAUGGGAAGCUGCAGGCAGGAGCUGAGGAGACUGCAGCGCCCCCCGGGGGGCCUCGGAAGGAGGUGGCCGGCAUGGACUAUCUGGCAGUGCCUUCCCCGCUGGCUUGGUCCAAGGCCCGGAUUGGGGGACACAGCCCCAUCUUCAGGACCUCUGCCCUACCCCCGCUGGACUGGCCUCUGCCCAGCCAGUAUGAGCAGCUGGAGCUGAGGAUCGAGGUGCAGCCUAGAGCCCACCACCGGGCCCACUAUGAGACUGAGGGCAGCCGAGGGGCUGUCAAAGCCGCCCCUGGUGGUCACCCUGUAGUCAAGCUCCUAGGCUACAGUGAGAAGCCACUGACUCUACAGAUGUUCAUUGGCACUGCAGAUGAAAGGAACCUGCGGCCUCAUGCCUUCUAUCAGGUGCACCGUAUCACGGGCAAGAUGGUGGCCACGGCUAGCUAUGAAGCUGUCGUCAGUGGUACCAAAGUGUUGGAGAUGACCCUGCUUCCUGAGAACAACAUGGCAGCCAACAUUGACUGUGCUGGAAUCCUGAAGCUCCGGAAUUCAGACAUCGAGCUUCGGAAGGGGGAGACAGACAUUGGGCGCAAGAACACACGAGUGCGGCUCGUGUUCCGGGUGCACGUGCCCCAGGGCAGCGGGAAGGUCGCCUCGGUGCAGACAGCAUCAGUGCCCAUUGAGUGCUCCCAGCGCUCGGCCCAGGAGCUGCCCCAGGUAGAGGCGUACAGCCCCAGUGCCUGUUCCGUGAGAGGAGGAGAGGAACUAGUGCUCACUGGCUCCAACUUCCUGCCAGACUCCAAGGUGGUGUUCAUCGAGAGGGGCCCUGAUGGGAAGCUGCAAUGGGAGGAGGAGGCCACAGUGAACCGGUUGCAGAGCAACGAGGUGACGCUGACCCUGACUGUCCCCGAGUACAGCAACAAGCGGGUGUCCCGGCCAGUCCAGGUCUACUUUUAUGUCUCCAAUGGGCGGAGGAAGCGCAGUCCUACCCAGAGUUUCAAGUUCCUGCCUGUGAUCUUCAAGGAGGAGCCUUUACCCGACUCGUCUCUCCGCGGCUUCCCUUCAGCACCUGGCCCCCCCUUUGGCACUGACAUGGACUUCUCACCACCCAGGCCCCCUUACCCCUCCUAUCCCCAUGAAGACCCUGCUUAUGAAACUCCUUACCUGUCAGAAGGCUUCAGCUAUGGCACACCCCCUCUGUACCCCCAGACGGGGCCCCCACCAUCCUACAGACCUGGCCUGCGGAUGUUUCCUGAGACUGGGGGUGCCACCGGUUGUGCCCGUCCACCUCCAGUCUCCUUCCUUCCCCGGCCCUUCCCUAGUGACCCUUAUGGAGGACGGGGCUCCCCAUUUCCCUUGGGGCUGCCAUUCCCUCCUCCAGCCCCCUUUCGGCCUCCACUGCCUUCAUCCCCACCACUGGAAGGCCCCUUCCCUCCCCAGAGUGGUGUUCACCCCCCAUCUGCUGAGGGAUACAAUGAGGUAGGGCCAAGCUAUGGCCCUGGGGAGGGGGCUCCGGAGCAGGAGAAAUCCAGGGGUGGCUACGGCAGCGGCUUCCGAGACAGUGUCCCUAUCCAGGGUAUCACGCUGGAGGAAGUGAGUGAGAUCAUUGGCCGAGACCUGAGUGGCUUCCCUGCACCUCCCGGAGAAGAGCCUCCUGCCUGAAGCAUCGCCUGGCAACCCCAGCUCCCCCCAGCCUUGCCCACUUUCCCUUCCUCCUGGGGUGCUGGUUCCAGAAGCUUGGGGCCGAUCUAGCUCCUCUUUCUCCAGCUUUUGCCUCCUCUCCCCUGCCCCUAGCUGAGGUGUGGCCCUUGGGCCUGGUGCUGCCUUGGAGGGCUAGGAUGGGAGUGGGGUCCGAGGCCGGGAGUGAGGACAGACGGGAGUGAAGGCUGUGUCUAGUUGUGUACAGGACACGGUUGCUGGGAGGCUGGGGACAAGUUGAUGGAUAAUAAACUGCUCACUGACUAGUGCUUCAGGCUCCAGAAGUCUUUGGAGAGAGAGAUGGGGCAGCUUACUCUAGCCCUGGUCCAAGGAGGCCUAG